UCCCUUUUCCACAGCCGCAAACACUGCAACCACAUGCAGUGCACAAAAAAAACAACAACAAUAUACAAAUACACAUAGAGCGAGCAAGUGAAACAGAUGAGUGAAGAUACGCAAACACAACAAGCAGAGAGCACAGCUUCAGCACCCAAACAUAAAGUGAGAGUGCAGUGCCAACAGUUUUAGUUUUGAACAUUUCAGCAUUUCUCUGCAACAAAGCUCUGUAAACAAAGCAUCUUAUGAUAAUGGCUGUAUUCAUGCUUAGUACAGGGCCCCGCUCCACCACACUGUAUUUACUGAAGAGGUCAUGACCCUGAGGCUGGUGAGUUUCUACUAUACGUGUAUCACCUCUGCGAACCCAACUGUAAUGACAACAUCGCAUUGUUCUGAUUGUUUCACCUUCUGGUUUCAGAAUACCAGAAAAAAAUGACCAGACUUUGUAUUCCUGAAUCUUGCUAGAGUGGGAAUCAUGGGAAAAUUAAGAACUUAAUCAUUCCAGAGUGGAUCUGAAUCAAGUGGUGGAUUUUGGUAAUGUUCUUCAGUCACAGAAGGUCAUGGAAAGGUCUAUCCCAGUAGAACCCAGUACCUAACCUUUACCUUCUUUUUUUUUUCUAAAGAAACCCAAGAACCAUCACUCAUGUGCUCUAGCAAACUGUUUUACCUAAUAGAAGUUUAUCAUAUGAAAAUAUUGACUGAUUAGUUCCUGUAUUUUCUAAAUUAAUUAACGUUUGACUUCAGUGGUAAUAAUGAUCAUAAUAAUUAAACAUUGAGACACUAAUAUUGGCGGUACGACCACAGACCCUACCCUUACGUAGCUGUAAUGGGCUAGUGGUCGUAUGAAGCUAAAACAAUAACGCCAAGUUGGCCGACCAUCAGAUGAAGCUGGGCGAUGCAUCAAGAAAAAAACAUGUGGCCGAGCUGCAGCAGAUCUGUCAGGAAGAUUGUACUGAAAUUCCUCCCGACCUGAAUAUUGUACUCAGCUAAGCCAGAGCCAAGCUAAGCCAAUAAAGAUUACUGCUGCCAAAUAGAGGUUUAACCAGUAAUCACAUCCAGCAGAUAACUUUUUAAAUAUCUUCUGAUGUGUUUUGCAAACAAAUUAUGUUCUCUGCCAUUAACUUUGCUUACAGUGUCAAAAUCCCUCCUUUUCAAAAAGAUCUGUUGGCCCCAGCAAAUGCUUUAUGCUCACACUUCACUGCUUUCAAAUGGAGAGGUAUUCAGUGUGCGUCUGGUGGGGUUGGGGUUGCUGUACAUGUGCUGAUGAAUAGCAGAAAAUGUCCUGGAUACUCGACUCGGUUUUGUUUUUGUUACCAUUGGCAGCGAACCAGCUAGUAACGCUGGCGAACACUGAUCAGGUGGAGAAGCUUGGAGACUUUUCUUGCAUUUUGGAGCAGUUUCCAACGGAGACAAAUGCAGCAGAAAAUCAAAAGAUGACAAUGCCGCAGCGGGGAUUCCUGAGACCACACCAUGUGCUUGCCCUGGUGCUAUGUGUGUCAGCCACGGAGGACUUUGACUGGACAAAGAACGAGAGAACGUCCUUCUACUAUGGCACCUUCCCAACUGGUUUCUCCUGGGGAGCUGGCAGCUCUGCUUACCAGACUGAAGGAGCCUGGAAUGUCGAUGGAAAGGGAAUAAGCAUCUGGGAUGCAUUUUCCCAUAAAAAGGGGAAAAUAUUCUUGAAUGACACAGCAGACUCUUCAUGUGAGGGAUACUACAAAUUCAAGGACGAUAUUGCCUUGAUGAAGGACAUGAAGCUGAAUCAUUAUCGUUUCUCCAUUUCCUGGCCAAGGAUUUUACCCACUGGACUGAAAAGCGAAAAAAUCAAUGAGAAAGGAAUUAAAUAUUACAGUGACUUGAUUAACAUGCUACUGGAUAAUAAGAUCACACCCAUAGUCACUCUAUACCACUGGGAUUUACCACAGGUGUUACAUGAGAAAUAUGGCGGUUGGCACAAUAUCAGCAUGGUCAAUUACUUUAACGACUUUGCUAACUUAUGCUUUGAAAGAUUUGGAAACAGAGUCAAGUACUGGAUUACUUUCAACAAUCCUUGGUCCAUUGCUGUGGAGGGAUAUGAAACAGGUGAACAUGCACCUGGACUGAAACUGAAGGGAACAGGAGCUUACAAAGCCGCCCACCAUAUCAUCAAGGCACAUGCUAAAGUACGGCACACGUAUGACAUGCAGUGGAGAAGCAAACAAAAAGGCCUGGUUGGGAUCUCGCUGACUGCUGACUGGGGUGAACCAGUGGAUAUCUCCAACCAGAGGGAUAUCGAAGCAGCAGAGAGAUACAUUCAGUUCUACUUGGGCUGGUUUGCUACACCUCUCUUCCAUGGAGACUACCCACAAGUUAUGAAAGAUUACAUUGGCAGGAAGAGCGGCCAGCAGGGUCUGGGAGCUUCGCGGCUGCCCGUCUUCUCUCCCCAGGAGAAAAGUUACAUCAAGGGCACCUGUGACUUCUUGGGUCUUGGACAUUUCACAACUCGCUAUGUUACUCUGAAGAAUUACCCAUCAGGAGCUGGAGACAACUAUUUCUCUGAUCGUGACCUUGCUGAACUGGUUGACCCACAAUGGCCUGAUCCUGGUUCUGAAUGGCUCUACUCAGUUCCCUGGGGCUUCCGACGCUUGUUGAACUUUGUUAAGACUCAGUAUGGAAACCCCAUGAUCUAUGUGACAGAAAAUGGCGUGUCAGAGAAAAUGCUGUGCACCGACCUUUGUGACGACUGGAGGAUGAAGUACUUCAAAGACUACAUCAAUGAAAUGCUCAAAGCGAUAAAAGAUGGGGUCAAUGUGAAGGGGUACACAGCCUGGUCUCUCCUCGACAGCUUUGAGUGGGAUGAAGGAUUCUCUGAGAGGUUUGGGCUCUACUACGUCGACUUCAGGAACAAAAAUAAGCCACGCUACCCAAAAGCUUCUGUCCACUACUACAAACGCAUUAUCAGCUCAAAUGGCUUUCCCAAUCAGAGAGAGGUUGAAAGUUGGAAGAGGAAAGCUGUAGAGACUUGCUCCUCCAGUAACCAGCUGCUGGCUGCAGAUCCAUUGAUAGGCCACAUGGAGAUGGUAACAGAGAUCGUGGUUCCCACUGUGUGUACACUCUGCAUCCUCAUCAGUGCGGUUUUCUUCAUGUUCCUGCUGCGUCGACGCCUCUGAAAAGUACACACAGUCACAUCAUUAAGAGCCUCACAGAUAAAGAAAAUAAUCUAAGAUUUGCUUCCAUGCUGUAAGCUUGUAUCCUGUCUCAAGCUUAUUGCUGAUUUAACUGUCCUGCUGCUGCUUUGAAAAAGAAAUGUUUGGGGGUCAUCAUGAAAAAUCCAAAAGCAAACGUCUGUCGCCAUGUGAGACUGAAUUCCAGAUUUGUGCACGAUUAUUUCAUUAAUCAGCUGACCCUGUGUGAUUUUUGAAAUAGCUGUAUUCUCUAUUGGCUACCCAAGUUCAUUUUAGAGAGGUGUUGGCUUACUGUCCAUAAGUUUCUAAUAAGAUUGACGGGGAGAAGGUGAUGUCCAUGCUGUGGUCAUGAAACUUUAAUUAAAUAUAUUUUUAAGAAUUCAAA